AUGAAUUCAAAUUCAUAUAUACCGGUCUCAAACUUUGUAGACCUUCUGAAUAGUCAGCAAGAGACUGUCUUUGGCUUUGUUCAAGACAGUGGUGAAGUUUCUUCCUCCCAAGUCUCUCUCUUUAGCAGUCAAGCAACGGAAGCAGAGACUCCUGGAGAGCGUAAGGAAAGGAGGUCUUGGACGCCUGUAGAUGAUGUUGCUCUCGUUAGCGCUUGGCUUAAAAUAAGCAAAGACCCAGUUGUAGGUAACGAGCAAAGAGCCGGUGCGUUCUGGAAAAGGGUUGCUGCAUACUUUGCGGUUAGUUCCAAGGUUGCAGGUUCUGAACCGAGAGAGUCAUCGCAUUGUAAGAACCGGUGGCAGAAGAUCAAUGACCAAGUGAACAAAUUUUGUGGAGCUUAUGACUCUGCAACAAGAGAGAAGAGUAGUGGCCAAAAUGAGAAUUCGUGA